AAAUCUUUUUAUUAAACGUUCUUCUUUAAGAAGAGACACGAGCACCGAAAAGGUAGUUCCGGAAUAUAUUCGAAGGCUUGGAAAAUAAUGCUCAUGCAAAUUUUACAAGACUGUAGAGUGAGGAUAUAUUGUGCUCAUACUGAAGGAUGCCCAGAGGGAGUGUUAGUUGAGUUGCGCUGCUUCUUCCAUGUAGCAAAUCCUCACAGGAGAGUUUCUCAAACUUCAUUUCGAGAACAUAGACAGACUUCAAUGGAAACAGGCAUAUCAUAUCCCACUCCAUUCCUGUUCCUAAAAUGGCAGCUCGUUAAUUUAUUCCAUUAGAUGAAUGUGAAAACUGCAAUCGAAAAACCUGCGUGCAAACGAAGAGAAAACCCAGAGGGUGAUGCUUUCAAGGACUGCAUCGGUGAAGUGGACAGAAACAAGCAGGAUCAUAUGUGGUGGAGAUCCAGAAGUAGAGCAAUACUGUGCACUGCGAGAAAGAAAGACAUGGACAUCUUGGAUGACAUGGGGGUAUAUGUUGGCUGAAAGAGGGCAGAAGAAACACACCACAACUCCUAAAGGCUGACAGCUCUAUGAAGUCUCCUUGAUCUUCGGAGCUGACAAAAAACCAUGAAAAGCUUGAAGUUCCUAGCAGCCGAGGGCUUUGUCCAAACCGGCACAAACGCGUGUCAGAACCUCCACUGCUUGUCUUGCAAUCUCUACCCAAUCCUCUUCAAGGCCAGUUAUCUGCGCGAGGAGGCAUCAGUGCUCCACGACUUGGUCCAGACGUGGCCUCUGACAGAGAUUAACUUGAAUAAACUGUUAGGCCGAACGGUGGACUGUCCGGAGGAUCUCACGUCCCGCACAUGCAGGCUCUGUUUGGAGGCCCUUCUCACAGGUCUGAGGGACUAUGUGUUUCAAGCUCCAAGCACGUAUGCUAAAAAGCUAUGUGUGGUGGAUAUAAUGGGUCUGCAAGACACUGAACACCAGGUAUGUCCCUGUGGACGGACCCUCGGGCGUUGGGCACGAACCGAGCUUCUCACCCGCAUGUGCUACGAGACUAUGGCAUCCAUGCAAGAUGGUCAAGCAGCACCAUCAGCGUUUGAAGUGGAGGUAGACGUUCGCAUGGAUGCUUUUGUUACUGGACGGAACAACGAGGUUGUGGCUCAGGCUUUGUUGCUUCGCAGACAUUGCCCGUUAAAACUGCACUUCCUGGGCCUGCGUGUGGAUUCGUUGAGCCUCAGGGACCUGUUUUACCUCCUGAAGCUGGUGGAGUCACACGGCUUGCAGAAGCUAGAAGUGGUACACAACGUACAUCUGGAGGCUCCACACAUCGAAGUGAUGUUCUCCCAGUUGAAGUUCCCCAAGCUGCGCUCCAUCACCCUUCCUGCGCAGGCGUUGAACGUGCACCGGUUGGGCCCGGAUGACGAGGGGCUCAUGGGAGUUCUGGGAGAGCUGAUGAGCAAACUGACUGAGCUGAGAGAGCUUUAUCUGGGCUUUUCCACUCUUACAGGACAUCUGAGGAGACUGCUGAGUCCACUAAACACUCCGCUGCAGGUUAUCGAGUUAGCGAACUGUAGUCUCAGCGCAGUGGACAUGGUGUACUUCGCCAACAGCCUGCACAGUGAGCACAUCGUGAAGUUGGACCUGAGUGGUCAUGCGGUGGCAGACGUCUUCCCCAACCCCUUCAGGAAGCUUCUGUAUCGCUGUUCUGCCACACUCACGAGUCUGGGUGUGGAGGAGUGCGGACUGGACGACGAGACCCUGGAUAUGUUCACACAAGCACUGAGACCCUGUCACGCACUACAGGAACUGAAGAUCCUGGGUAAUCCCCUGAGCAUCGCUGCCCUGCGCAUUCUUUUCAAUACGCUGGCGCUGGGUUUUCCUGCUUUGAGAUACAUUGAGCUGCCCGUCCCUCGUGACUGUUAUCCUGAAGGUGCCACCUACCCGCUGGACGAUGGGACACUGACAAACUACGACAGGGAGAAGUUCCAGCUAGCCAGGACUGAACUUGUUGGUAUUUUAGAGAGGGAGGGGAAAAGACACAUAGAAGUCUGCACUCCAUUAUUUGGAGCCUACGAUCCUGACAUCAACGAGACCAGCAACGAACUGGGAGUCUCCAUGUUGCGAUCGGUCAACAGUGUCGUAGGGAACUUCAUUGACACUGUCAAUAGUGUUAAUCAACAGAGAGAGCAGAGAAUGAUGGAGUGAGACGUUCAAAAUGAACGAGAACUUAGGAUGUAUGUUUUCAACAUUUAUAAGACAUAUUUCUUCAGCUGAAAAAUUCAGCUUUGAUUAUAGUUAAAUGUAACUUGUUUAAGGUUAACUUAUUUUUUAAUGGUCUGCAAUUAAAUAAAAAAUGCGAUAAUUUGCACUUUAGGAUUAGCUUUCAAUUACUGUUAUGUUUAAUGGAUAUUUUUUCUCCCCUGGAGAUAAAAUUUGUAAUUUUUAUCCAAGACACCAGUAUAGAUAUUGGAAUCAAUUAUGACCUUUAUUCAAUACUUAGUAAAAAUAUUCUAUUAAACCUCUUUAAAAAUAACUGCCUUUGUGUUUGUACAUUAAUUCAAAGUGGAAAAUUAAUGUUUGAAAAUACCUUAAUAUUCAAGAAGGCUAAACAUAACAGAAACAGAGUUCAGUGUCUGCAAGACAUGCACAUCUCUAUUAGACAAUGUCUAAUAAAGUAUUUAAAACAUUUGCGACUAUCCAUAACAGGAUUGUGAUUGAGCUUGAUCUCAGUUUAUUGUCCAAGUUAACCAUGAAAUUGUACUAUGCCUUGUAAAAUGUGAGUUAUUUUGUAAAUAACAAACACCUACCUUAAGAACAAUUGCAUAUUUAAUUAAAUGGCCUUUUUU